CGGAGGCUGGUGGCAAUGAGCAUAGCUUAUCAAAGCCCACGGCGAUGUUUGCAUUGCUUCCUUGUUGUCACCUUUGAUCACAUCGAUUUUGCCCGCCGGCCCAAACGACGUGUCGAGCCCGUCGGCUCUCAAGCUUAACAAGGAUGGAUUCAACCGAUGAUCCAUACGCGCCACGCUCGUCGCAGAGCUACGCAAGGGCCGCGGAAUACUUGGAUAGCUCCGUAUCAUCAGCAAGUAAUACUCCUUCUGACGCGUCCUCCAGCACGAGCUACUGUGAAGCUGGCAGCAGCUCGAGCUCGUUCAAACCCUGGCAGACCGAUGGAAUGCGUUCACAAGAUGCACAAGAGGAGUACGAUGAGCCGCUGUUCGGCGGCACACCGUUCCGGGAUUCGCAACGAGCUGGCUGCCCACCAUUUUCGGAUCCUUCCACAGCAGAGGGAGCAGAUAGCUUCUCAGGGACGAGCGCGAGUGCCAACAAAGACGAGUUCUACGCCUUGCUGAACGUCGACAAAGAUGCAUCUGAAGAACGCAUUCGCGAAGCAUACCGAAACUUGGCGGUCGUCUUGCACCCGGAUAAACACACCGAUCCAGUGCGCAAAUCUGCAGCAGACUCUCAGUUCAGGCGUAUACAGGAAGCCUACGAGGUGCUGAGCGAUGCAGAGAAGCGCGGCGUAUACGAUCACUUUGGCGAAGCGGGUCUUAGCUCCAGCUGGGCUUUGUCCGCCAGAGGGAAGACGCCACAGGAAAUGCGGGCCGAGUUCGAGAAGGAGCUCCUGGAAAGGAGAACGAAAGAGGCGGAAAAUCUCAUCAGAAGCAAAGGGGACUUCACCGCGAUGAUAGAUGCGACACCGCUCUUCGCACCGGCGCAACGAAUGCGCGGGCCACCGCCGCGUGAAGGGCAGGCGAUUACGUUGGGAGAUCGGUGGAACGGAGUCGGUGUGACACAGUUGAUUGGGAGGCACGGCUUUGAGACGCAGAUCUCAAACACCAGCAGCGUCAACUUCACUGGACAAAUGAUGACGCGAGGAGGUCUAGGUGGCGGCAAUCUGAUUGGUACAGUCAAGACGCAGUGGAGUUCGCGCUUUGGAACGGAGACUGCCUUGGCGCUUCUUCGACCACGGACACUGACUAGCAAGGGAGCAUUUGCGCUCGAUGAGAACACGUUCUUCACUUAUGUUGGGGCGAUGAACUCGCUUGCGAUGCCUCCAACCUUCACGCUGACAGCAGGGCAACGCAUUUCGAAAACAUCGCUUAUGACGGGCUUCACGACCUUCCGGACAGGAUCGUAUCAGCUUGGCGCUUGGGGUAAUCCUGAAAGCCUUAGUUCGAUGCAACUCAUGCGGCGAGAGCCAGCUGGUGUUUCGAUCGGCGUGACAUCCCAAUCAGGGGAGAGUCGCAGCUGGACGGUUCAGAGCACGCUGAGCACUGUCGAUACUUCCCUCUCUUUCGACUGGGGAACGAAAGUCCUCGGCGGAGUGAAGCUGCGGCUGGGAGCCAGUCUCGGCACUAGCAGCGGUUUAUCGCUGAACGUCAAUUGCGAUCGUCGAGUGACCGAGACUGUCCGCUUAGGUCUCGGUCUUACUACUGGGCUCCCGGGUGGUGUGACGCUGCGAAUCAAGUUCAACCGACUAGGCCAGAAGGUUGUCGUUCCUAUCGUACUUGCACCUGAGUUCCGAUCUGACCUCGUCCUCGCCUUCACCGCAAUCCCCGCGGCGACCGUGACUGUGCUGCACUACUACUACAUCUUGCCCGGUAAACGGCGGCGUAUCGAGUCCAAGUUGCAAGAACUGCGCAAGGAUAACGAAGAGAUGAUUAGAGAGCGACGAGAGACUGCUUUGAGCGCACGAAACCUGCUGAGGGAGCAAGCACGAAAACGAUGGAUGUUUGAGAGCAGCAAGGCAGGUUUUGUGGUCCUUGAAGCCUGGUACGGGAAGAGGUCUGCUUUUCCUCCGCCCAGACAAGGGGAUCCAGACCAACUCGAACACGACAUCUGGGAGGCAGCUGGCGGACCAACGAUAGAGGCAGAUUCAGUAGGAGCCAAUUCCAUCCCGACGACCGCCAGUACUGGCGAGGCCAACUUGGAGUAUUGGGACGUCCGCAUCCCGCUUCAAGCCAUGGUCGCCAAAGGUCAACUGAUCAUCGCAGGCGGUAGACCAAAGUCCCAUAUCAUGGGCUUCCACGAUCCAUGCAUGGGUGAUAAGAAACAUCUGCGCGUGCGCUACCUCUUUCGCAAUCGGAUCCACGAAGUCAUUGUGGAUGAUGUCAGUCCAUUUGCAGCGCCUCUGCGCGCGCAUCAACUCCAGUAGAAAUUGCGAUCAUGCUUUUUUGUCGACCAGAUAAUUGUAUAAAGUGAGCAUUGCAAAUGCAUCUAGCCCAAUCG